AUGGCUCGCACCCGUGACACCAUCAACAACCUGGGCCUGACCCAGUCGGAGCUAAAGGUCCUCCUCUAUGGCAUCCUAUGCCCUUCCACCGAUGGAAGCCGGACUGCCGUGGACUUCGACAAGCUAGCCACUGAGCUUGGGUAUACCUCGUCCUCCGCCAAGGUCAUGUACGGCAACGCCCGCCGUAAACUGAGCCGGGCGACUGGUAUUACCCCAGGCUCUGGUGCGUCUACCGGCCGUGCGGCACCUGCUACCUCUGGUGCUAGUACUAACCCGGCUAGCUCACUUCCUGCUCCUUCUGGUGCCGCUGUUGGCCCUACUGGGCCUGAUACCUCGGAGGAUGAGGAGGAGGACUAG